AUGUCUUUUGCUGGUACCGGACAUGAGAUUCGGUGUGUGCAGAGGAAACUGUUGCUUGAAGCCAUGGAAAGGGAGCUCCCAAAUGGUUCUAUAAGGUACUCCUCCAAAGUGGUUACUAUGGAAGAAUCGGGGUCCGGCUAUUCCAAGCUGCUGUAUCUUGAUGAUGGUACCAUCAUCAAAACCAAGGUGUUGAUUGGCUGUGAUGGAGUGAACUCCGUAGUGGCAAAGUGGAUAGGAUUGAACGAGGCAGUAACUUCAUGCAGAUUAGCAGUUAGAGGUACUGCAACGUUCCCAGAAGGCCAUGGCUUUGCCUCCAAGCUCUUCAUGUUUGCUGGAAAUGGCUUUCGAGCUGGCUGUCUCCCUUGCAAUGAUAAAACCAUGUACUGGUUCUUCUCCUGGACACCCUCUAUCCAAGAAAAGGAUCUCCAAUAUAACCCUUCCAAGCUGAAGGAAUACGUGCUGAGCAAACUUCACAAUGCACCCAACCUGAAGAAGGUCGUGGGGAAAACCGAGUUAGAUUGCGUUAUGUCAUCUCCUUUGCGCUACAGAAGCCCAUGGGAGUUUGUGUGGAAGAGCUUAGCCAAAGGUGGCGUCUGUGUUGCUGGGGACGCCCUGCAUCCCAUGACGCCUGAUCUCGGGCAAGGUGGCUGUGCUGCCUUGGAAGAUAGUGUCACUCUCGGCAGGUGCAUUGCAGAGGCCUUAAACAAGAACUCUACCGUGGAGAACAACGAAACAGACGAGGAAGAGUGCAGAAGGAUCGAGCUUGGGUUGAGUAAGUAUGCCAAGGAGAGAAGAUGGAGAAGCUUUCAGUUCAUCACUGCAGCUUAUUUGGCUGGCCGUCUGCAACAGAGCCAGGGGACGAUCACGACGUUUCUGAGAGAUCGUGUCUUGGCUAACUUUCUUGCUGGGUUGCUGUUGAAAAUUGCUGCAUUCGACUGUGGGAAGCUUACUAGCAAAUAGCUAUAGUUCUUUCUUCACAUUGUUGUAAGGAGGCAGAAUCUUGUAUCGAAAGCAAAAUUCCAAACCCACACCUCCAUUCUCGCCGGCUUCGAUCUUGGAGUGCGAUGGUGAUUGGAUUAUCG